AUGGUACCCAGUGGAUUCACAACACUGAGCAGCCCAAAUUUUGGGUUUCGUUACCUUGCUGAGGAGCUUGAGGUUAUCAUCUCUGGUUCUUGGCUGCCCCAGGCGGUUCCCUGCCGGGGAGGUCACUGGCACAGUUCACUGCUGGCGCUCAGGGCAUCGCUCCCCGUGAGAGCACAACCAAAGAAGAAGAAGAAAGUGGAUUUAAGGAGAGAGCAAGCACAGAAGGAUCGUAUGAAAAAGAAGAUUAAAAAGUUGGAAAAAGCUGCCCCAGAAAUGAUUCCAAUUGAGGAUUUUGUAGCGCCACUUAAAUACUCAGAUAGCAACAGGGUGCGAAGUCUUCCUGCUUUGUCAUUUGAGGAGACUGAAAGAAGAGUUUUACUUAUGAAAAAGUGGUGUUUGUUUAAGCAGAAACAAGAUAAGGCAGAAAAGAAAGCAAUUCAGACCCUUGUAGAAGCUCAACAGGAGGCACUAAAGGAACUGCGCCUUGAAUCGGAGGAGCUGUAUCAGGCAGCGAUCAGACGAGACGAGGGGCUUUUCCCCUUUGAGAGAGAUGGACCUGAUUACACCCCGCCACUUCCUGGUUAUGAUCCUCCUGAAGGAAAAUGCGUUGAUAUCACCAAAGUGUACACCCAGUGA